AUGACCCAGCCGAUUAGCACCCAGCAGCAGCAGGCAUCGCAGGAGGAGAGCGACGUUCCCCAGCUGCUCGCCGCGCUCCCCGUGUCCCCUCCGCCGCUCGUGGAGGGACCCAGCUCCGCGCUCGUGCGCCUGCUCUUCGCGGACCUGUCGGGCCAGCGCCGCGUGCGGGUGGUUCCCUGGGACCGGUUCCGCACGCUGACGUGUCAGCAGGGGAUAGGCCUGGCGCGCUGCAUCUACGCGUUUGCGUCGUUCGUGGAUGGGCCCGCCCCCGGGUGUGGUCUGUCCGCCGUGGGGGAGGUGCGACUCAUGCCUGACGUCAGCACCCUGAGGACCCUCCCGUGGUGUCCCAGUCAGAUGCUCGCAUUGGUGGAUGCACACGUGGCGCCAGGUCAGCCGUUUGCUGUGUGUCCACGCAGCACGCUGAGGAGAGUAGCAGCCUCGCUCAAGGACAGGUUCGGGCUGGUGCUGAGAGCGGGGUUUGAGAGCGAGUUCACUCUCCUUCACUCCACGACCCCAUCCAUGGUCCCUGUGGACCGCACGCUCUAUUGCUCCUCGCUGGCGUUUGACGAGCAGGCGGAGCUGAUGGGCGCCAUGGUGGGCGCCCUGCACGGCAUGGGGAUACCCGUGGAGCAGCUUCACCCAGAGUCGGGCGGCGGGCAGUUUGAGAUAGCAGUGGGGCAUGCAGCUGACGUGGCAGCAGCUGAUAGGAUCCUACUGGUGCGGGAAGCAAUCUCUGGGGUGGUGCGGAGAGCAGCAGCAGCAGGGGCGGGGAGUGGGGAGGUCGAAGGCACGAGCAGCAAGAGGAGCAGCACACCCACUCAUGUCACCUUCCUUCCACAAGUGUUCCCUCGCGAUGCAGCCAAUGGCAGCCAUGUUCACGUCAGCAUAUGGCGGGAGGUCACCGGCGGGGCUGAUGCAUCAUCAGCAUCAUCAUCAGCAGCAACAACCUCGGCGGGUGCACCGAUCGUGGUGUCAGAGGGUGGGCGCACGUACAUCAACGCCUUCGCUGCAAGAGCUGGGAAAAGGCAGGCGAGAGAAGGCCAGGAGACAGAGCAGCACCGGGAACAGCAAGAGCAACAGCAUGGCAUGUCAGAGGAGGGGCAGCAGUUCAUGGCAGGGGUGAUGGCGCACCUGCCCUCCAUCAUGGCUCUCUCCUGCCCCCUGCCCAACAGCUACGAGCGCCUGGGCCCCAACAAGUGGACGGGGGCCUUCCAGUGCUGGGGGCAUGAGAACCGCGAGGCGGCUGUUAGAGUGGCUGCUCCUCCCACUGAUACCGCCAACGGUGCUGCAGCUGCUGGUUUUGCUGAUGCCACAGCUGGUGCUGCUGCUGCUGCUGCUGCUGCUGCUGCUGGUGUGCCAGCAGCGUUCCAAGUGACCAACUUCGAGGUGAAGGCGUGUGACGCGUGCGCCCAGCCGCACCUGGUGCUGGCGGCCAUCACUGCUGCCGGCAUGGAUGGGCUGGAGAAGAAGCUGCAGCUGCCAGAACCUGUUGGUACGUGUCCUUGCUUCAUUGCGGCCACCAUUGCUGCCGGCAUGGAUGGGCUGGAGAAGAAGUCUCCACUGCCAGAACCCAUAGCUGCACUUGGUGCAAUCUUUGCUGUUGCCAUGGAUGGGUAUGGGUUGGAACUUGGAGCGGGAGCUGUCACUGGUAGAAGGAACCUACUAGCACGUGCCUGCAAGGCGUGA